AUGGCAUCCAACACCGACAAGAAGCCCGUCAUCAUCGUAGGCGCGGGGCUCGCAGGCCUCGUCGCCGCAUUCGAGCUCACCCAGCAGAACGUGCCCACCAUCAUCGUCGACCAGGAAAAUGCUGCCAAUCUGGGCGGCCAGGCGUUCUGGUCGCUGGGGGGCCUGUUCUGCGUCAAUUCGUCCGAGCAGCGCCGCAUGGGCAUCAAGGACUCGCGCGAGCUGGCGAUGCGCGACUGGUUCGGCUCCGCCCGCUUCGACCGCGACAAGGAAGACUACUGGCCGCGCAAGUGGGCCGAGGCGUUCGUCAACUUCGCCACCGACGAGAUGGAGAGCUACGUCAAGGCGCGCGGAAUAGGGUUCCUGAUGAACGUGGGCUGGGCGGAGCGCGGCGACGGGCGGGCGGACGGGCACGGCAACUCGGUACCCCGCUUCCACAUCACCUGGGGGACCGGGCCGGAGGUGGUGCGCGUCUUUGCCGAGCCCGUCAAGGCGGCCGAGAAGAAGGGCCUCGUCGAGUUCAGACACCGGCAUAUGGUGGACGAGAUCAUCGUCGACGAGAAGACGGGCCGCGCCGUGGGGGUCAGGGGACGGGUGCUGGAGCCAGACGAUUCGCCGCGAGGAGUCAAGUCGUCGAGGAAUGUCGUGGGUGAUUUUGAGAUCUACGGCUCUGCCGUGCUGGUCUCCUCGGGCGGCAUUGGCGGCAACGUCGAGAAGGUCAAGGCAUGCUGGCCCGUUGAGCGCCUCGGACCUAAAGUCCCCGAGAACUUUGUCAUCGGUGUGCCGGCACAUGUCGACGGCCGCAUGAUCGACAUCGCCGAAGCCGCGGGUGCCAAUGUCAUCAACCGCGACAGGAUGUGGCAUUAUACCGAGGGGCUCCAGAAUUGGGACCCCAUCUGGCCCGAUCACGGCAUCCGCGUCCUGCCCGCACCGUCCUCCCUAUGGCUCGACGCCACCGGUAAGCGCCUGCCGCCGUUCCUCUAUCCCGGCAGCGACACUCUGGCGACGCUCAAGUACAUCUGCAGCACGGGUUACGACUACACGUGGUUCAUUACCGACCAGACCAUUGUCGCCCGCGAGUUCGCCCUUUCGGGCUCGGAACAGAACCCGGACUUGACCAAUAAGUCCAUCUGGCAGCUUCUCACCCAGCGCGUCUUCGGUUCCCAAGGCACCGUGCCCGUGCAGAAGUUUGUCAAGCACGGCGUGGACUUUGUCGUGCGCGACAAUCUCGAGGACCUCGUCAAGGGCAUGAACGAGCUGGUCUCCACGGUGCCCGGCGCCCCGCAGCUCGACUACGCCCAGGUCGUCGAGGUCGUCAAGGCGCGGGACGGGCAGUUUGAGAACACGUACUCCAAAGACGCCCAGGCGAUGCUGAUCCACAACGCGCGGACCUACUGGCCCGACAAGCGGAGCCGCGUCGCGGUGCCGCACCGGCUAUUGGACGUCAAGAACCACGGCCCACUGAUCGCGGUGAGGAUGAACCUGCUGACGCGGAAGACGCUCGGCGGGAUCGAGACGAACCUGGACAGCAACGUGAUGCGCCCCGACGGGACGGCGUUUCCGGGGUUAUAUGCCGCGGGCGAAGCGGCCGGAUUCGGCGGCGGCGGCGUACACGGGUACAGCUCACUCGAGGGUACGUUCCUCGGAGGGUGCAUCUUCUCGGGGCGCGCGGCGGGGCGGGCUAUGGCAAGGGAGUUUUUGGGCGAGGGGGCCAAGGGGACAGAAUGA